AUGGCUUCGAAUGCUUCUUCGGCCUCAUGUGCGCAACCUCCUCAUUCUCUCAUCGUAGAGAAGCCCUACCAACUGAACAAUCCUGGGGGAAAAGAUGAACAGAAACCACAGAAUUCUAGAUCCUCCUCUCCCGGCGGUGGUGGAAAGCUCUUCACGCCUAAGACUCAACAAAGGCUGAAGGACUAUCUCUACAAUUCCGACUCGGUCGCUGUAUCUUCAUGUGACGAACACACACCCCCUACUGAUCCUCCUAAGCCCAUUCUCAGACGGGAUGUGAAGCCAGGGUCCAAAGGCCCAGUUAAGAUCAUCCAGAGGCAAUACAAGCAAGUCAAGUAUGCUACUCCUACCGCCAUCAGAGACGACGAGUUGGUGGAGUUAUCGCCCAACGAUCUCUCUCGAGCUAUGAGAACUACUUGGGCUCGUUACCCCCCACCUGCAAAUGAGGAGUUCCCUGUGGACAAAGAGUUUAAUUUCACUCCGAAACUCGUUGCAAACGAAAUUGAUCCUGCAGGUCUCUUCGAACGAAGCAAGCAGCGCAGUGAGGUCAGUUUCAUACAGCCCCUUUGUCUCCAGGGCGCUGUCCGCAACGAGUACACUGCUCAUCUUGCCUAUGAAAAGCAAGACCACGACGACCUUAUGGAGAAGGUCUUUGAAGUUCGCCGUACGAAGGCCGAGUAUGACGCUGCCAACUUCUACGACUCUAUCGAAAACAACCAGCCCAGCAAAAUCUACGACUCGAGUGAAGUCAACAGACCUGUCAAGUUCCCCGUACUUAGUCCCGAAGUUCAGAUGAAGAUCUACGACGACAAAUCCAGAAUGUCUGCUUUGUCGCGCAAGAUUGCAAUCUACGAUGGCAGCAUUGAGGGCAUGAUUGCUGGCGAGUUUACUUACAACAAGGACACCGCGCACCUCCCACCUACCGAAGACCAGAUGGCCAUCCUACGAGAAGCCGAGGGUCUCCGUGACUUCUUCCCAAAAGCCCCUCACAAUCUUUCGCUCUACGACCAGUGGCUGAAGGACCAGUCUGCCGACCCUUGCCCUGCCUCCAACUGGCUGAAGGACGAAGAGAGAUUAGCCAAGAAAAAAGCCUUCGAAUCGGCUUAUUCUAAGCGGCUUGAGUCCCGCUUCCCCCCAAAGCCACUCAAGAAUCAGAUGCCGACCAAGCUGCAAGUACCAGACCAAGCUAUCGGUGACAAAACCAAAUUCUCUUACAUGCUACCCAAGACCUCUGUGGCUCGUGAGCGUCAAAGCAUGCGCGAAACUCCCGUUGCGGUCCAAGUCCCCAAAUGGCUCCCUGCAUUUGUCGACUACGAAAUUGUUCCCAUCGACAAGAGCGCCAGUGCUGGAGAGCAGUACAAGGACCUUCUCACUACCAUCUGGAAGCUCGAGUCACAGAUGCUCAAAGAGACCAAGACAAGCAAGUGGGACAAGAAUUGGCACGAUGCAAACCCUCGCUGGAACAAACCUCACCAUAAGAAAAGCGAGUUCUGCUGUGCGUACCACCGAGGCAAAAGGGAGUCGUAUGAUACCUUCAACGAGACAAAGGCCAACAAGAACCUCUCGGAGACAGAUGUUGUCCCCGAAGAGUUUAGCUUCGACGAUGUCUUUACCUUCGGUCAGGAUUCCGAAACCGAGAUCUCCAGCAAGAAAAGUCCGGAGGUUCUCCUCAAGGAGAUCGCCGCGGGAGUGAGAAAGGCAAUCUCAAAGGUCGGCAUGUAA